AUGUAUCGCCCAGUAAAACAUGGGAACAUUGAUCAUUCUAGAUAUACCAUUUAUGAACGUUUCGAAAACAGAAAAACAAACCUUCCAAAAAGAUUUUCUGCGGCUACAAACGCCCAAGGAAUAGUUGCAACUGUGCUUGUCAUAGCCUGCAACAGACCAGAAGUGGAGAGAUGCCUGGACCGAUUAUUAAGAUUUCGACCAUCGGAAAAGAAGUUCCCUAUAGUUGUCAGCCAAGAUUGCGGACACGAGGAGACAGCUAAAGUUAUUGCCUCUUAUGGAGACAAAGUCAUGUAUGUAAGACAUCCUGACGUGUCCGACAUAAAUGUGCCUGGAGGUGCAGAUAAUUUAAAGGGUUACUAUAAACUAUCAAGACACUAUAGAUGGGCUUUAUCGCGGGUUUUUGAUGUGCUUCAUCAAGAUACGGUUAUUAUUGUUGAAGAUGAUCUAGAGAUUGCUCCUGACUUCUUUGAGUAUUUUGAGGCUACUAAAACAUUGCUUGAUAAAGACCCUACAGUAUGGUGUGUAUCAGCGUGGAAUGACAAUGGAAAAACCGGAAGGGUGAGGGGUAAUGAUUUGCUCUACCGAACUGAUUUUUUUCCUGGUCUAGGAUGGAUGCUGAAAAAAUCUCUCUGGGAGGAGUUGGCACCUAAGUGGCCUGCAGCAUUCUGGGAUGACUGGAUGCGGCAUCCAGAGCAGAGACGUGACCGUGCUUGCAUUCGUCCUGAGAUACCUCGUGUGGUGACAUUUGGAAGGAUAGGAGUUAGUCGGGGCCAAUUCUUUGAUGAGCAUCUCAAAUAUAUUAAGCUGAAUGAUGAAUUUUAUCCUUUUACAGAAAAAAAUUUGACAUACCUCAUGAAAGAUGUAUAUGAUGCAGCAUUUAUCAAUACAGUGUACAAAUCACCAUUAGUUUCAUUUGAGUAUUUUCACUCAGGCCAGGUGAUGCCUGCUCCAUCUGUGAGGGUUCAGUAUGAAUCCGAGGAAACCUUUAGGUCAUUAGCAAACCAACUAGAAAUCAUGAAUGACUUUAAGGCAGGAGUACCAAGAAUGGCAUAUAGAGGUGUGGUUAGUUUUAUGUACAAAAAUUUAAGAGUUUAUUUAACACCACCCAGAAACUGGAGUGGAUAUGAAUACCCUGAAUGAUUCUAAUUCCCAGUGCUCCAAGUUGUGAAAGCCAUGUUUUGUAGUCAACAGUGCACUUAAAGUGCCCAUAAUGUCAAAAAACGCUUUUUACUCAUCUAAUUCUACAUUUGACCAAAUGAACUUGGGUGAAAAAUUCUUUUGAUUUGGAUAAAACACGAUUUUUUCACGAAUUUUUACAAAGUUCAAAAUUCUAUUUUCUUGCGGUCGACCCCUGCCGCUGAUCACAAGAAUAACGUGCUCAAAAUGACCACGUGACUGAUAUCUGUGACGUAGGUUCAGGAACCUCAGUUGACCUUUAAGUGCAUAUAAAUACACUGGUCGAGUGUGGGUCGUUUACGAUAUUGUGAGCUUACGAUAUUGUGACCACUCUGAAGCAAAUUCCCACUUUUUUUCAAGUCAGAUAAGUCACAACCCAAAAUCACUUGUUCCUGAACUUACAUCAUGACUCACUUUAAACUGAGGAAGACUGGUGCGAAUGGUGGACCAAAAUGCCGGCAAAUUUGAAUGUCUUAUGCGUUUUAUCCAAAUCGAAAAUUUUUUUUUCCCAGAAGUUCAUUUGGUGAAAUGUAGAAUUAGAUGAGCGAAAAACA